GAGGUGUGUGUGAAUCUCCUCCUCUGUUAUUAACUAGUGCCUCCUGGGUGUGGUGGGUCAAUUGGGGCUUGAGGGAGGAUGAAGGGCUGUGAUAAGUGGGGCAGGAUUUCAAUGCAGCUAAGGGGUGGAGCUCAUGGACACAACUGAGAGGCCAAAGAACAGAGUGAAGAGAUUAAUAGAUGGAGCCAACAGAAAAUGCUAAUUCAUCUAAGCUGUAUAGCGCUCUUCCUCUAUCUGAGGAGGGAAAGGGAAUGAGAAAAGACUGUCUAAAACAGCUACAGUGUUUACUGAAGGUAUUUUUGAGUCUCUGAUGAAAAUACAAGUCCAAAUUGGCUGGAGACCUACUGUUUCUUUGGCUGGCAGACCUGCAUUAAAGACAGCACUAUGAAUUCCUCUGCUUUUAAAAGGCACUAAACAGCUGCUGAAAGGAGUUGGAAAUGAAGCUCCACAUCUUCUUCAUCCUCGUGAGCUGCACUGUAUUCAGCACCAAUGUGAAACUGGUAUCAAAGAGAAAUUCAGUCGAUGGUUGUAUCGAUUGGUUAGUGGAUCUGAAGAAAUACAUGGCUUUGGCAGGUGAACCAGUCCGAAUGAAAUGUGCCCUUUUCUACAGCUAUAUCAGGACUAACUACAGCAUGGCUCAAAGCACAGGCCUUCGACUGAUGUGGUAUAAAAAUAGAGGAGACUUGGAAGAGCCCAUUAUCUUCUCUGAAGUAAGGAUGAGCAAAGACGAAGACUCGAUUUGGUUUCAUGCAGCAGAGGUUCAGGACAGCGGGUUCUACACCUGUGUGUUAAGAAAUUCAACCUACUGUAUGAAGGUGUCGAUGUCAUUGACAGUUGCUGAAAAUGAAUCAGGACUUUGCUACAACAGCACAAUCCGCUAUUUAGAAAAAUCAGAAAUCACUAGAACAAAGAUAAUUUCCUGCCCAGAUAUUGAGGAUUACAAAACAGGAAACCGAGAACCAGAUGUAAUAUGGUACAAGGAAUGUAAGUCAAAAAUGUGGAGAAGUAUAGUAGUUCAGAAAGAAAAUUCUCUUCUGAUACAAGACGUCCAAGAAGAAGAUGGUGGAAAUUAUACUUGUGAGCUAAAGUUUGAGGGAAAGCUAAUAAGAAGAACAACAGAACUCAAAGUUACAGCUUUAGUCACGAAAAGACCUCCGCAGCCUUUAUACCCGACGGAGAACCAGACAAGUGUUAUAGAUGUCCAGCUGGGUCAGCCUCUCAAUGUUGCCUGCAAAGCAUUUUUUGGGUUUAGCGGAGAGUCGGGUCCCAUGAUCUACUGGACACGAGGAGAGAGAUUUAUUGAAGAACUUGAAAAUCACAUUAAAGAAGGGGAAAUCAGGCUUCUCAAAGAGCAUCUAGGAGAAAAAAUAGUGGAGUUAACUUUAAUCUUUGAUGUUGUGAAGGAGCCAGACCUGGCCAAUUAUACAUGCCAUGUAGAAAACAGAAACGGACGGAAACACGCAAGCAUAAUCCUGCGUAAAAAAGAUCUGAUCUCCAGAAUCGAACUCGCUGGUGGCCUGGGGGCUGUCCUUCUCUUGCUAGUGUUGCUUGUGACAAUCUAUAAAUGCUACAACAUAGAACUGAUGCUGUGUUACAGACAGACAUUUGGAGGUGAUGAAGCAGUGGACGACAACAAAGAAUAUGACGCUUAUCUUUCGUAUACCAAAGUGGAUCCAGAUGCAUUAGAUUGUGACAACAGUGAAGAGGACCAGUUUGCUCUUGAAAUCUUGCCAGAUGUGUUGGAGAAACAUUAUGGAUACAAACUCUUCAUUCCAGACAGGGACCUGAUCCCUACUGGAACUUAUCUUGAAGAUCUCGCAAGAUGCGUGGAGCAAAGCCGAAGACUCAUUAUCAUGCUAACUCCAGAUUAUGUCCUCAGGAGGGGCUGGAGUAUUUUUGAGAUGGAAAACAGGCUCCACAACAUGCUAGUGAGUGGAGAAAUCAAAGUGAUUUUCAUAGAGUGUCCCGAAUUAAAAGGGAAAGUGAAUUACCAGGAAGUGGAAUCUUUGAAGCACACCAUCAAACUUUUUUCAAUCAUUAAGUGGAAUGGUCCAAAAAGCAGCAAACUGAAUUCUAAGUUUUGGAAGCGCUUGCUCUAUGAAAUGCCUGUGAAGAAAAAAGAGGUUUUAUCUCGGCGUCAGGUCCUAGAUUCGGCUGAACAGGGUCUUUUUGGAGAUCUCCAAACAGUACCUUCCAUUGCCGUGACAGACACCUCUGUCUCUUUGGCUGCAACACAAGCAGACUUGGGCAGUUAUCAACAAGUGGAUUCUGCACAAACGAGACAUUACUGCAGAGGCUAUGACUAUGACAUGCAAUCAGCAACCUUGCCCUUAGCUGCCAUAAGCAGUAAUCACCACACUUACUGCAACAUACCCCUGACACUACUCAAUGGACAGCUGCCUUUUAAUAGCAACAUGAAAGAUGCUCAAGAAUUCCAUAGGAAUAACUCCUUGUUACCAUUAUCAACAAGGGAGCUGAGCUUCACCAGCGAUAUAUGGUAACAAAAAUCCGAGCAUUGCAGCUCUUGAUUCUUGGUUAUCAGUGAGACAGAUUCUUAGAGGACCUUGAACCUAAAACAUCAGGUGCCAAAACAUUUUGCCAAGUCACAAGCAACUCACUUUUUUACUUGAACCUCUUUGUUUACAUUUCAGAAUUAUUGGUGGGGAUGGAGGGGGGUAAACCUACUUUUGUAGUUCACUAAUAAGUUCUUAUCUUUUAAUGUACAGUUUUAAUGCAUCUUUAUUACAAAACUGUAUGGGGGCAUGGGAGAGUAUUUUAAAAGAAGGGCUCACAGCCUGGUGAUGGAUUGACAUUUAGUGCUAUAUAUGAUAAAGCAAGACUCCUUAUUUAUAUAUUAGUACUUCAGAAAUUUAAAUGGAAUUUUUUUAGAGAACACUAGAUAGAAAAGACAACACAAUUUGCAGAUUUGAAACACAGCUAGCUACAAAGGGAAUGAUUUUCAUUUCAAAGCACACCUGGAAGACCCAUGAUCAAAAGUGGAAUAUUUUAUCCUGUGAGAUUGUCACCAAUACACCUUUAGAAGAUGGGCAGGUGAACCUCUGUAGUGACUGACAGCUUUUGGUUUUUUUACUCAGCAGUACCUAUGGUUGGAAAAAAGUACAUCAUUCACUUUCACACUAUUCGUCCUUUUGUUAUCAGGAUCUUUCUUACCUCUACUUGAUGGUUACCAUUGUGUUUUUCUUAAGCAAAUUCCUAGGAAGUUGACAGCAUUUAAGGUUCUGUAGAUUUUUUUUAAAGCUCGUUUAAGCUUGCUAUACAGGUUUCUAAGGACUUCCUUUCACAUUUUACCUACCAAACGGAUUGUCUUCUUGUUAACCAACUGCUGAUUUGAACAUUUCUUAAACUUCUUGACCUUGUAAGAUUUGUAUUAAUGGGUAACGUAACUUUUUAUUUUGCACAGGGUUAUUUAUUUACUUUUCAGAUUUAGUGGUGUUACAGCUUACAAAUUUACAAACUGACAUCUUGACAGAGAAUGUCACCAACAGAAAAAAAUAUUACAGCAAUACUCACAAACAAAGUGCUGAAUUACCAGUGGUCUGACUUCUGUUGCAUUGAUAAUUGCCUAAAACAGAAAAGGGAGUUUAUUCUGUGUGGGCGUAAUCCAGGAAAAGAUUCAUAGUAAAUCCCAUGAAUGGGACAUGUGAUGGCAGAUCUUGCAUUCCUUGAAUGCCUUGGUUGCUGUUUCUUGUGGCUCCAUCCUACAAAUAUUGGCAGGGGACACUCAUAUGGUUGCACUAGCAUCUCCCUUUCUCUGUGAGUAAUCUGCAAAACAAUCCUUAUUUUACAUCAUUUUUUUUUUUUACUGGAAUGGUGGCCUGAAUGCUAAAAGUGCGACAUAUAUGCUCGUUAUUAUUACUAUUAUUACACUGGUUUGAGAAAUCA